AUGCUAUCCCUUACCAAUUCCCCAUACCAUUACAGCCAGUGCAACCAAUUACCUGGUCGUCACACGCGCACUUAUUCUCAACCAGCUCAGCAGCUCCCCUCAGAUUUCAACUUCGACUUUGCAUCAUCAACACCCCUCUCGAUCAUCGACAACAUCAACUCACUCGCAAACGGUGUUCUACCCAACGACGGAAUGCAGUCAGACUCUUGGGGCAACAUCCCUCGUUACACACCCGAAAAGCUUGGCCGAUAUUCUCACCAACGUGGAUCCUCGCUCUCGUCUCUAGGUUCCACGGGCCCAGCAUCACCUUACUCUUCCAACACAUCUAACCCUCAGAUCGCAGUCACUGACUCGCUCGGUGACGACCUUUCUGACAUGUACGCCCAGCAUGACAACAGCAGCCAGGGCGGGUCCUUCUACCACCAGAUGGCCAAGCCUGUCAGCCAUUACUCGGGUUACCAGACAUUUGACCCAUCUGUCCCUGAGAUGGCCUACCCAGUCACAAUCCCAGGACCUGGUGGCAAGCAGACACGCGUGGACCGCAGCAAUCUGCUGCCUGCGCCAGAGCUGUCCAACAGCGGAAGCCGAUCCCAGCCUGGGUCAGUGGCAAGCUCAAUCGCGGGCGGUGAUUCACCAGCUACCCCUACUGUCAGCCAUGAAGAUGCAGCUGCAGACAGGCGCAGAAAAGAAGGCUAUGGUAAUAUGCCCAAGCUUGACCGCACCAUCACAGAUGUUUAUGGAGAUGAGCUCUACAGCCCCAACUUUGCCAUCACAUCUACGCCACCUCAACAACACCAAAUGUCUGCCAUGUCUCCCCCAAACGAACUGUUUAGCCAGCGCCUUAGCGCUGCUAACAGCCAGCAUCUCCACAUCUCUCACUCUCCAAACUCUACUGCUUCGCGGGGCCGAUCAUCUCCAUUCAGGCACGACUCCCCCUAUGCGCCUUCCAGCCAUGACUUCAAUGCUGCUCAGAACCAGGGCAUGCAAAUGAACACGGCGCAAAGGAAGCAGCAGCAAGAUCUCCAGAUGUACCAGCAGCAGAUGGCGCGCGCACGCACUCAAUCCGCGACACCCAAGACCAUCUCUCCCAAGGACGCGAUGCUUGAGUUCAACGAUGAGGCAGAGGCUACCUUCCCCCUCUUCCCCCAGCCUACAGGCUUGGAGAUUGAUCAGAUGGCCAAGCAAAUGGUCCCCCAAGGUGUCAACUCCCACUUCAUGCACUCUGGCCACAACGGCGACCAGCUCAGCUACCUUCAACCCCAGAUGCCCACCGGUAUGGGUAUCCAGGUGCCUCAGCAGUAUCCCUUCGUCGCCCGGGCACAACCUGUCACCACCGGCUCGCCAGCUCGUCUUGGCUCCUCGGGCUCUAGCAUCAACUCCCGCAGCAGCACUCCUUCAAGGAUGACGCGACCCAUGGGAAUGGCAGCUGAGGGUGGUACCUACACAUGUACCUAUCACGGAUGCACUCUUCGCUUUGAGACGCCAGCUCUUCUCCAGAAGCACAAGAGGGAGGGUCACCGUCAAAGUCACGGCCUCACAGUACCUCGACCCCACGACGGUAUGACAUCCAGCCUGCUUAACAGCCAAGCCGGACCCCACCGCUGCGAUCGCAUCAACCCUAGCACUGGCAAGUCUUGCAACACGAUCUUCUCGCGGCCCUAUGAUCUCACUCGACACGAAGAUACGAUCCACAACGCCCGCAAGCAGAAGGUCCGAUGCGACGUCUGCACAGAGGAGAAGACAUUCAGCCGCGCCGACGCAUUGACAAGACACUAUCGUGUCUGCCACCCUGACAUGGACCUCCCUGGCAAGCACCGCCGCCGUGGUGGCAGCUGA